GGAGAACGUCUUGAACUUUUGUCCGUCACCCCAACGCAAGCACGCGACAGCUCCACGCGCGCCGGGCGCAUACCUAACAUGUCACUACCAAAGGAUCCUGGUGUUCCGACCUUCAAGGAGGCGUUGAAGAAUGAUCGGGAGCAAUUCGACGACUGCACGCCGUGCCGCAUCGUUGGCAGCGGAGCGUUCCUCGGCCUCGGCGCAUACACGUACAUGUCCGGACAUUCGCAGUUGAAGGCACAGGAAGCGGCCAUCAAGCGGAGCAAGAGCAUGUUUGGCAUGGCCAGUCGGAGGGCUGCUAUAACGGGCACAGCGACUGCACUGGUUGGGGCCGGAGUAUACAGGUGGUUCAAUUAGAGAUGGAGAGGACAGCGCGUACGAGGGCAUCACGCACGCGUUCGGGGCGUUCAAUUGGGACUUCAGCGACAUCACGCGCGUGUACACAUACUGUAAGACCAAUAACACAUAUGAGAGCAAUGCAUUAUAUUGUACGACCAGC